UUACAAACGGACCACAAUAUAAUAAAACAAUAAAACACAAUUAUCAGCUCCAAAGGCUCAACUUUACCAUCUUUUUCACAGAUAAUGGGCAAGAUUCAAAAAUUGAAAAUGAACUUGUUGGCAAUCUUAUUGGCUAUAGUACUUUUUCUCCUUCAAGAGGUGAAUUGCCAUGGAGAUCAUCAACCUCUCUCGAGAAUUGCCAUCCACAAGACUGUAUUUGCACUUCAUGAAAACGCUCGAGUAAAAGCUUCACCAACUGUUCUUGGUCUAAAGGGGCAAAAUACAGAAUGGGUGACGGUCAAAUUCAAUUCUCCGAACCCGUCGGUUGAUGAUUGGAUUGCAGUGUUUUCUCCAGCCAAAUUCAAUGCCUCUAGCUGCCCUGCAGAAUAUUCAUCUGUGCAUACACCAUUAUUGUGUUCUGCACCUAUUAAGUACCAAUAUGCAAAUUACACUAGUCCUGACUACAAACAUACUGGAAAAGGCUUGCUGAAUCUGCAGUUGAUUAAUCAAAGAUCCGAUUUCUCUUUUGCACUUUUCUCUGGUGGCUUAUCAAAUCCAAAGCUUGUGGCGGUGUCAAAUACUGUGGUUUUUGCAAAUCCAAAACCUCCAGUUUAUCCACGCUUAGCACAAGGCAAAAUUUGGAACGAGAUGACGGUGACAUGGACAAGCGGAUAUGGGAUCGAUGAAGCAGAGCCGUUUGUCGAAUGGGGUCAAAAAGGAGGAGACAAAGUGAGAUCUCCUGCUGGGACAAUGACUUUUGACCGGAACAGCUUGUGUGGUGCACCAGCAAGCACGCUCGGAUGGCGAGACCCUGGAUUCAUACACACAUCUUUUCUGAAGGAACUGUGGCCUAACACAAAGUACGUGUACAAGCUGGGGCAUAAAUUGUCCGACGGUUCAUACAUUUGGAGCCAAGAGUACCAUUUCAGAUCAUCUCCUUAUCCUGGUCAAAAUUCUCUUCAACGUAUUGUCGUAUUUGGUGACAUGGGAAAGGAUGAAGCGGAUGGAUCCAAUGAAUAUAACAAUUUCCAGCACGGUGCUCUCAACACAACUGCGCAACUCAUUCAAGACUUGAAGAACAUUGAUAUUGUCUUCCACAUUGGAGACUUGGCUUAUGCAAAUGGGUACCUUUCACAGUGGGACCAAUUCACUGCACAGGUAGAGCCAAUAGCAUCAACUGUGCCCUACAUGGUUGCAAGUGGUAACCAUGAGCGUGACUGGCCCAACUCAGGGUCCUUCUACAGAACCCUGGAUUCCGGUGGAGAAUGUGGUGUCUUGGCUCAAACUAUGUUUUAUUUUCCUGCUGAAAGUUCUGAAAAAUUUAUGUACUCCACGGACUAUGGCAUGUUCCAUUUCUGCAUAGCUGAUACAGAACAUGACUGGAGGGAGGGAACGGAGCAAUACAAGUUUAUUGAACACUGCUUAGCAUCGGUUGAUAGACAGAAGCAACCGUGGCUGAUCUUUCUUGCGCAUCGAGUUCUGGGCUAUUCUUCUGGUAGCUUUUACGUGGAUGAGGGAUCGUUUGCGGAGCCAAUGGGGAGGGAAAGUCUUCAGAAACUCUGGCAGAAGUAUAAAGUAGAUAUUGCCAUCUAUGGCCAUGUGCACAACUACGAAAGAACAUGUCCAGUAUACGAGAAUAUCUGCACUAGUGAUGAGAAGCAUAGCUAUAAGGGAAGCUUGAAUGGCACAAUACAUGUGGUUGCGGGUGGUGGAGGAGCAGGUCUUGCUGAAUUCGGUUCCGUGAAAACGAAAUGGAGUCUGGUAAAGGACUAUGAUUAUGGAUUCGUCAAACUUACGGCAUUCGACCAUUCGAAUCUCUUGUUCGAGUACAAGAAGAGCCGCGACGGAAAGGUUUACGACUCUUUCAGAAUAUCUCGAGAUUACAGGGACAUCUUGGCCUGCACCAUUGAUAGUUGUUCAAGCACAACUCUAGCUUCAUAAUUUGUAAAUGAAAUUGCAUAGUCUUGUUAAGCACGUUGGUUAUUGAAUAAAAGACAUGGAUUAAAUUAAUGGUUUUUGUUCCUCGUAUGUAAUUUAAACGGAAGCAACUUGUUGAAUAGUAACACGUCCUUUCUCUUUUUAAGCGACA